AGUGGCUGCCUUUGCUCUAACCUUCUCAUUCCGUCUAACUGAACGGCACGAAGUAGCACAUGAUCAGCGACUCAUUUCAGUAUUCCUUAUAUAUUGGAUCAUUGGGACUACUCGCAUUCAGAUCCAGGAUUUACAACCGGGUGUACUAUGUUGAAGUAUUUGAAAAUGCUUAUUUGCUUUUCAUUUCAGGAAAGGAGUUUUUUUCCUCAUCCGUGACAGUUUGAAGGCAACCCCUGACUGAGCACCCAGCUCCUUUAUUCCUCACGAAAAAGGCAUAAAAAAACCAAAAAAAAAAAAAACAUUUUGAAUCAGCUCUUGGGGUUUUAUCUUAAAGUUACAAAAACAGACUUCAGAAACAGUGGACUUAAAACGCAAAAUAUGAACUGAAAAAAACUACUGUCUUUUAUUUCGAGAUUCUUUGACUGGUUACUGGUGGUUUGUGUUUUACAAUGACUGGCUUUGCCCUGUCUGUAUGACGACCUGGAAACACAGAGAGUUUUGUAACACUGUGGAUAUUAUAAAUACAUUUUCACGUUUUGCUUGCUUUGCCUGGAUCAGCCUACACGGUACAUUUUCAGUUUGUUUGGAGCGGUCCUGACAGAUAAGCAUUGCAUACAAACUGGCACUGUCCAGAACUGAUGCAGCUGCUGACAAUAACACACAAACUCAACGCGAACAUCAUAAAAAAAGGAUCCUCAGCUGGAAGCACCAUAUUGACUUCAUCAACGUUAUAAACUACGUGAGCCGAUAGACACUUGCUUUUUCUUAGAUUUAAUCCAACUUUUACCGUCGGAUCUGUGACUCUUGCAGUUAAUCAGUCCAAUUGCAUUGCAUAUGAUCGGCUCGGUCCAGGCUGCAAUACAGGCUCUUCACGCACUAUUUUAAUUGUAUAUUUCCAGAUACUGAUACAUAACAAAUAUUGCUGCAUUUUCUAAAAGGUCAGGCCCACUGAUGUAAUUGAGAUUUAUUUCUCCGAUAAAAAGUUGUUUCUGACCCGAACACAGCUUUAUAAAAAACAGUUUCGAAGAGGAUUGCGUGCCGGACUUUAGUAGUGAUGUUGCAUGUGGAGAUGCUGAUGUUCGUUUUUCUGAUCCUGUGGAUGUGUGUAUUUAGCCAGGAUCCCGGGUCCAAGGUAGUGGCUGAUCGCUAUGCCGUCUUCUGGAACAGCACUAACCCCAGGUUCCAAAGAGGGGACUACCACAUUGACGUGUGUAUAAAUGACUACCUGGAUGUGUUCUGCCCUCACUACGCAGACUCCGUACCGGAAGACAAGACGGAACGAUAUGUGCUUUACAUGGUGAACUACGAUGGCUACAGCACAUGUGACCACACCUCCAAAGGCUUUAAGAGAUGGGAGUGCAACAGGCCUCACUCGCCCAAUGGACCACUCAAGUUCUCCGAAAAAUUCCAGCUCUUUACCCCCUUCUCUUUAGGUUUUGAGUUCCGACCAGGCAGAGAAUAUUAUUAUAUCUCAUCUAUUAUUGCAGAGAAUGGAAGGAGAACUUGCCUGAAACUGAAAGUUUUUGUGCGACCAACAAACAGCUGUGUGAAAACUAUAGGUGUUCAUGAUCGUGUUUUCGAUGUUAACGACAAAGUAGAAAAUUCAUUAGAACCAGCAGAUGACACUGUACAUGAGUCAGCUGAGCCAUCCCGCAGAGACAACAGCGCAGCAAAUACGCCAAGGAUACCACGCCUACUACUGGCAUCUGUACUGUUUUUUCUGGCAACGCUGUUGGCAUUAUAGCGCUUCAUGCCCAGGGAGAAGAGCCGGGUCCAGGAAACACUGAGAUUCCUCCUUAACCAUCUGACCUGUCGUGGUGACCUGUUCUGCAGAUAUUAAAAUUGUCUCUUUCAGUCUGAAAAUAAGAAUUGAAAUUCAAGGAGAGCCAAUUCCCCCCAAACUGUAAACUAAGAUGCCAAAACCUGUUUGACACUUAGUGAUUCUUAUUUUCCUGUGCAUUAUUUUUUGUAAGACCCCACGCCCCCCACCCCCCACACACACACACACACACAGAUGUUGGCUCACUCUGUCGGCUGAACUGGGACGAAAAAGAUUAGUGGCAGAUGCAGUCAGUGAGAUGGAAGAAAAUUGAACAGGUUCCCAAGAGGAUUUUACUCCCCCAUGCAAUAUUUAUACCUUCUCACUCUAUACCAGAAGAUGAGCACGCAAGGCAUCGUAUCAGUGUAGGGCUGGAGGGGUGAUAUUAAGAAUAGAUAUAAGUCUGUUUCCUCCAGGAGGAAAUGUCUUCUGAAAAGUGUGCUGAAAAUGUGGGUUCUCUUAGAGGGAUGGAGCAUAUUCAAAAAAGUUAUUUGUGAAACGUUUGAUAAAGAGAGAGAACAAAUUGAUAGUUCAAGACUAAAAGGUAAAACAAGAGUAAAAAAAAAUAAGCAUUAUAUAGGGAAAUUAAAUCGGUUAAAAAGCCAAACUUUGUCUCUCUCGCUCUCUCUCUCUCUCUCUCUCUCUCUCUCUCUAAACUGUGAUUUAUAUAGAAUAAAUGAUUAUAUGGGCAAUUAAGAGCUAGCCUAGAAUGUGUU